AAACGCACAAAUAGAAUACCUGAUAUCCCAGUUCCCCAAAAUAUACUCUUCCGCAUCCACCUUGCCCUCGUUUUCUUGUUUCAUCAAAGUUACUUGUAGCCUCAUCAAUCUCCUCAACAGUGUACACCGUCGCUCUUUUCGAUUCAAAAACUUGGAUUUCUUGGUUCUUAAUGUAAGUUGUUAUGAUUUCAUGAUCCGGUUGAAAAACUAUCAUCUUCAGUUGAAAAACUAUCAUAUUAAAGUUUAAGCUUUUAAAUUGGAAUGGUUAAUCGUGGUAUUAGGAGCAAAUAAAAGUUGUGGUAGUUCUAACCGACUUCCAUUCAUGAAGAUUAUGCAUUUUUUAGGCAACUGUUGGACUUGCACAUGAAGGGGGUGUUUAUUGUUUCUCUAAUAACUUAAGCUUUUAGAUGAGGUCGCUACAACAUCAACCAUGGGAAGGGUAAAAUAGAAUAGAUUAGCUACUUCACAUAUCAGGAUAAUAGAGAUUUUGCAAUAGAAAUUAAAUCAGUAUUACUGGAAUUUGACAAUUUUGGUUUUCACUGAGAUAUUUGUCACCUUUCUUUGGCGUAGAAAUUCUAUUCUUUUCCAUUGGCAAGCAUAAGAGCAAUCUGUUAUCUAUAUAGGAUGAAUUCAGACCCAAAUACAGGUUCAACUUCUCUUUCUCAUCAACUUGAGCAGAAAGUAGAGUUGCAAAAGUCGAUACAGUAUCAUGUGUCUGAACUGUAUAAGUUACCACAAUUUGCGAGUCUUUUUCCUCACAACCACAUAAAAGAUGUAUAUUUAGGACUACUCUGCAGUCAAGUUUGUAUCUUCAGCCGCAACCUGCCUUACUUGCCUUACAGAAUAUCUGAUUUGAAAUGUCAUAGAAAGUAUUACAGAAUGUUUUCGUCUGUAAACUGUAUCGUGAAAGUAUCCAACAGUGCCACCAACAUUCUUUCAAGAAUAGUUGAUUGGUACUAGGUUGUCUUGUCAGUUAACAUAAUAUAUUUGCUUGAUUUCUGUUAUAUUAGCAGAAUAAAAGGAUGCAAUCUAAUCUUUCUGAAAUACGUUGUGCUGAUAGAGAAGAACUUUACAUGACGACGACCGAUGGGGAUUUGGAAGAGCAAGUAAAAGGAUUAAUUUGAGUUGAAUUAGAAGCCGAACCUCUCGUAAAUAGCCUACAAAAUUGUGUGGAUAAAAAGUAUAUUUGACUAGCUUAAAUUAUAACAUGCAUGAAGGAACAUUGGGUUCAACAACCACCAAAUUCAAAAGCCAGUUACAUUUCUAUGAUUUUCAACCAUUGACAAAAUUUAGACAUUUUCUAGUAUCUGCCAUUUUUUCGAAAGCCUAAAAAGUAGCCUGAAAUCCCUGCCAGCCUUCCAUUCAAUCUUUGCAUAGAGCCCUCUCUCUUUGCAAAAAUGAAUGUCUCGCACAAAAAAUUAUUGCGAGAACAUGGCAAGCAGAGGAAGUAUUCAUCUAUCAAUAAUAUUCUUUUUUUUAGCAAUCCUCCCUCUGCUUGCCUCUGCAUUCCCUGGAUUCUUCCAUGUUGAAAAUUCCAAUUCUCCCUUUCAAAAUGAUGGUGUAAAAACCUUCUUUGGAGCACCAAUUUUCAGGGGCAAGGGUGAAAACGAAGAGGCUUCUCUUCCAUCAGAUGAUGUUGGAGAACAAGAGAAGCCCUUGAAGUAUGAAUCCAGGACAAAGGAGGAAACUGGAGUAAAGGGAACCACGAAGGGCAGAUUGAGGGAAGGAUUCUAUGAGAAGACUUGCCCUCAAGCUGAGCUGAUCGUGAACGACGUUAUGAACAAGGCUUUCCAGAAUGAUUCUGGCCUGGCUGCUGCUCUCCUUCGCCUAUUUUUCCAUGAUUGUUUUGUCACGGGUUGUGAUGCCUCGAUCCUCUUGGACAAAACACCUGGCGGCGAGGAAGUCGAGAAGGCAUCAGGUGCCAAUGGCAUGUUCAUACGAGGCUUCGAAGCAAUCGACGAAAUUAAAAGGAAGCUAGAGUACGAAUGCCCCAGCGUCGUUUCUUGUGCAGACAUACUAGCAUUUGCAAACCGCGAAUCCCUAGUAUUCUCAGGCCUCCCAUCCUAUAAUGUGGCUGCAGGUCGCCGUGACAGCCUAACUUCCCUCGCCAAAAACGUCGAGAACAACGUCCCACUUCCUGAUCAAACUACUCAGCAAAUAACGGCCCUGUUCAAUAGAAAAGGCCUAACAGUUGAAGAAAUGGUUGUUCUGACAGGAGCGCAUUCUAUUGGCAUUGCACAUUGUGCCAACAUUAUCGAGAGAUUUUGGGAUCAACAAAAGCGAAAAGAAAUUGAACCAGGCUAUCACGGGGCAGUCGGGUUCUCUUGCGGGAAUGACCCGGAACAAAUAUUUCCAUUCGAUACACUCACAGAAUACAAAAUGGAUUCACAUUUCUACAAGCAAGUGUUGAAUAAGAGAGCCUUGAUUGAAUCAGAUCAAAAUAUGGCCCGUGAUCCUCAAACUGCCAAUAUUAUGAAAACGUUGGCUGAUGAUCAAGAGGGAUGGUUCGGUAAAUUCAUCAAAACCAUCAUUAAAUUGGGAGAGAUUGAGGUUCUUACAGGGGAUCAGGGAGAAAUCAGAAAACAAUGUCGGGAUUUCAAUCAAAACACACGCGGCAUUUUUGGAUUAGGGUAAUCUAUUUGUUUACCUCUUUUGUUCAAUAAUUUGUGAACGUUUCAUUCAAAGAGAACAAUUCGUAAGAGGAAAACUCUGAAUCAUACCCUGAAUAAAAUAUUGAUUCUGCUUAAAAGUAAGUUUGACUUACUUUUGAGUUACUUAUUUGGUGAGA